AUGCAGGCUGCCCGUGCAACCGCUAAAGAAUCUGAAAAAGUCCAGGUUUUCUUUGCUUGGGAACCUCCCUGUAAUGGCCAAUUCAAAUUGAACGUGGAUGGGUCUGGAAGAAGCUCUUCUGGCUGCAUUGGUGCUGGUGGUGUUAUAAGGAACUUGAGGGGUGAUUGGUUGUCCAGCUUAUGCAGCUCGUGCAAUGGAUGCUGCCACAGUUGUCCAGCUCGUGCAGAAACCAGACUUGUUUGGCUACCAUCCUCUUGCCCCACUGGGAGAAGAAUGAAGUGGCAGACGCUCUCUCUAGCUAACUGGAGCUACAACACGGACCUUGGUCAAUGCAUCCUUGAGUCUGCUCCCUCUUGGGUUAGUUCGAAGCUUCUUGAUGAUUUGCCAGGAGUUGUUCAUUCUCUGUUGGUUUGUUUAAAUCAUCCUGAGUAG